GCUCAUAUGCUCUUAACUGAAGAAAAAAAUUCUCAAAUAUUUCUCAUCUAUAAUUCUUUUUAUUUUUAUUUGUUUUUCAUUCGAAAUCUGAUUAAAAAUCCAAUAUACCCUUAGUGAAUUUCUUUUUUUUACAGCAUGCUAUGCUUUUAUACCUAAUUUUCUUUCUUAUCUUUACCGAUCUAAAUUUUGUUUCCAUUUUUCAUCUUCUUCUUUUUUUCUAUCUUGUCUUUCAUUCUUCAAUCCAGAUCUCUUCUUCUUUGAAUAUCCUUUUUUUUUUCUAUGAAUUAUAUGUUUCUUCUUCUUUUUUAGUAUGUUUUUCCUUAUCUUUUUCAACAAAUAUAUUUUUUUCGAAUCUCUUCUACAUUUUUAUGAAUUCUUCAUUCUUUUUUAUUUCUUCUUCUAUUUCGAUCAAUUUUUCCUCUUUUUGAUUUGUUGUUCUUUCUUCGCGAUUUAGGGUUUUUCUUUGAUUUCUUUUUAUUUGAUUUUCUCUCGCUACAGAUCUGGCACAAGAAUAUGUGAAAAUUUUAAAAAUAAAAAUUCAACCCACAAACAAAGUUUUACCAAGUUGUACUUUGACAAUUGUACAAUUUAGUAAAACUUUGUAUACCUAGUUUAACCAAGUUGAACAAUCAUGUAAGUACAACUUGGUAAAACUGUAGAACUUGAAAAUUGUAAAACUGUAAAACUUGGUAAAAUUUAGAAUAUGGUAGAGCUGUAGACUUUGGUAAGAAAAAUUUACGUUCUAGCAUACUUUAUCUUUUCUCCAUAACAUUCUAACAUACUUUCUCCAUGUGAUAUACUUUCUUAUGUGCUAUUGUCUUAUUUACCCCCGAAACUAGAAAUUAUUUAGUUACCUUUUCUUUCUCUUUAUUUUUCUUUUAUCGUGACCCAACAUCUCAUUCUCUGACCUAGAUCCCCUUCAUUUUAUUGUUCUAGCGGAAUUGCGAAGACAGCCACCUCCUCCUUCUCGACGAAAACACAAUUUCCUGUCAAUGUUUCACCGGUGUUAAUCGUUGAUUAUAUAAAUUAUAAUGAAGAGUAUGACCUCUCUUACUUGAUUUUAAUUUCCUCAUCCCAUGAUUAUGGCUAUUGUUGACAACUAGAUCUCCUUCUAUGGUUAUGCAGAAACCAGAGAAAGUUUUCGUCAAGAUACGAUGUAUUGUUUGCAGGAUACCACUUCUACUCACCCAGAAAACCCUGACCACAUCAAGAACUCAAUUCAGGAUAUCGAACCUACUUCUCCACUUAGCAGCUAGUUCAACGCUGAGCAGUUUUCAAACAACCCUCGGUCUAGCCUACUAACCACCGACCACAUCUUGCUUGACCACCCAGACGAAAUCAUCACCAGCGAUCAUCCGAUCACUGCAUACAACCCAGUGUGUCAGCCCUCCGCAUACCCGAUACAUUUUUCACCCGACCACGAUUCUCCCACCCACACUUCACCCAACCACACUUCUACACAACACAACUCUCCUGGCCAGGCCUCCGCUGCAAACAUGUCCACUGACCACAACUCGCCCAACCACACUUUCCAUCUCUUGACCAUGCGGACCUGCACACCGAGCAAGGAAUAGUCAGAGACCAAUAGCACAAUUACUUAGAGAUACCAGUUUAUGUUGAAUCUAGGUUUCGAAUCCUUACCACACCUUCACUAAACAGAUAUUGUGUUCUUUCCCAACGAGAAAGAAAGCCAGCAAUUACUUCAUCUAAGUUAUCACUUUUAGAUAGUAGGUUUCUACUUGAUGUAACACCAACCAUCCGAUUCGUUUUAAAAUAACUUAAUCUGAUGGUUCACAACAUAUCUCAUAUUUAUUAAUAAACCUAAUAAUUUAUUGCAAGCAGAGGAAUAAUGCAAGUAUGGUCGCUUUCAUACUUUAAACUUGAACAGACUGUGAGAUUUGGUUGAAAAGUAAACGUAACAUUUAGUAAAAAUUCGUUCACGAGAAGGGUAUUUAUGGAAGUGAAAAAUCAAAAGUAAGUCAAAUAGUACACCUCAAGUGUAAAGUACCUAAAUAUGUUAAAGGUUCAUGACAAAAUAACCCAUCAUGUAACUCUCUCCUUUGGUAAACUUUGGCAUCGAUUAUUGAAAUCUAAAAAAUUUGAAAUUUGAAAUUUGAUUGGGAGGAAAAAAUAAAGGCAAAAUCAGAAUUGUUUUAUUUCAUUAAAAAUAAGAGUACAUGAGAAUGAGUAAGAUCAGUACAAUUUUUUUUUUUGGCUCAUUAAAAGCAUUUGAGAUUAUAUCUAGAAGAAUAGUUAUCUUUGUGCUCACCCACCACAUGGCUGAGUUGUGCAAAUUAAAAUAAACUACCUAUAUAUAUAUAUCCGUUGUAUAGAAUGAAAACUUAUUUAGGUAACGUGAUGCACGUGGGCAAACGGAAGGAGACAAGAUACAACAUAUAACAUUGGUUAUGGUUUGGGAAGUGAAUAUAUGAUAUAAGUAAAUAUGGCUAUAUAUGUGCUUUUAUUGUAGCUUAUAGAGCUUAGCUUGUAUCCGGAUUUGGAGAGAAUUAAAUAAUGAUGUUUUCGUUAGCAAAAUAUCGCUUAAAGUCUUAUGGCUUUCUUGAAUUUUUGUCUUCAAGAAAUUGAUAGAAGUGUUCCAAAAUUAGGACUGUUAAAAUUCGAUUUGUGCACAAUAAUGUUAUAAAAUAGGAUGAUGAAUAUGAUUGCAUUUGAAAAUGAUGUUCUGGAAAAUGUCAAAUAUGAUAAUCGAGUUUGAAGUGUUUAUUUAAAAGAAGUUCUGAAAAUAAAGUCAAAACUUCAGAAAAAAAAGUCAAGGAUAAAUUUUUUACGAUAUUACACCAAAAUUUGUGUCACUAAUUGCGUGACGAAUUGUUGUGUAGUGUGUAUUGAGCUCUAUGGCAUAACUCUAGUUGUCUAAUUUAAUCUCGGUGUUAAGAUGCAAUGUUAAUUAAUUUUUCAGUUUGGGGACAAGACAUGAAUGGUCGGGUGCUUAAAGUCGCUCGGAUAAAUCUACGCGGUUCAAUCUUAAAUGAGGAAACAAUGAAUGCAUAGGAUCGAAGGCUGGUGGACCCAUAAACAUAAAACACGCCUCAAGAACCCCAAACAAACAACUACCAGUGGUCCAUUCACAUGAGAUUUCUGUUGUUAGAAUCUAAAUAUAACGAUAAUUUAUGCCACAUGAUUGUCACCGAUUGAAUUUGAUCGCUAGCCUUUAGCUAGAAAAUGAAGCGUUAGUCUGACAGUGCUCUAACACCUAGCACAUAGGAUAUUAAUCGCUAUUUAAAUAAAUAUACAGUUUUCGAUGAUUUAUUUGUAGUUCAAGAAAAUAUAUUAACCAAAUACUUAAUACACAAAUAAAAAAUAUACAUUCAAAAAUAAAACAACUAUAAAAUGAAUAUUUUUGAGAUCCUAUAUCUUAUUAUUUAUAAGAUAACUAACAGUUGGUUUAUCAUUCAAAUUUACACCAAAAAAAAAACUCUUAGAGAUAUCAAAUAUAUUUAGGAAUUUAGAUAAAUAAUGUCAUACAUGAUUCACCAUUUAUGUUCUUCAAAACAAUUAUGGGAAUUGAAAAUUUAAUUUCUUUGGAGAAACUCUUCAAAAAUAAAUAAUUUAUGUUUGAAAAUACUGAUGACAUGAAAAGGUUAAAAAAUAUAUUUAUUUUCUCAUGUAAAUGCAUAUACUUUGUUCAGAACUGACAAGCCAUACAAAUGAUUGAUGAAUUUCAGUUUUUCAAAACUGAUUGUGUUAAUGGUGUGUUAUUCAUAAUACUGGCAUGUAAUUUGCAACAUGAACCAAAAAGAUAGAAUAUUGUUUGUUGGGUAGAAAACAAUAAGAGGCUGUUUAAAGAAGACCUUAUUUCAUAUUUGUCAGAUCUUGUGUUCAUCGCACAAGUCAUAUCAGCUUUGCGCGUGUGAUUAUAAAAAUUGUUCGUAGUUCAUACGCGAAAUGUUUGACUAUUGCUCUCUACUCUCUUUACUCCAACUUAUAUUUAUAAUAUUUAAAAUAUAUUAUGUUUAUAACUUGCGUAAUUAAUAUUUAUUCUACUUGCUAUAUAGCGCACAUGCGCCUCUCUUACAAUACUAAAAACUCCAAAAAUGGAAAAAGGACAAAAGACGAAGGUGUGUUCUACUGAUAAAGAGACCCCCACCCUACGUGUCCAAUCCAGAUAUUUCAAUGUUUUACGUGGUUUAAAUAAUAUAUUGUACAUUGACGUGAUUUCAAAAUUAAAUAUAGAAAUUGACAGAUUGUCUGAUAUAUCUUGGGCUAACCGAUUGGAGCCUAAGGUUUCACACUAAACUGUUAGAGCAUUUGAAGACUUUUUGUCACUAUUACAUUUAGCAAUUAGUUGGUGAAAGUGAUCGAUUUCACAUAUUGGGUCCAAAGAUAAACGAUUUCUCAUGAUCAAUCUCGCUAAAUUGUGUUUGAACGCGUUUUUUUACAUCGUGCUAGGAACUAGACUGGACCUAGAAACCAAGUAUUCUUCGUUUCAUUAACCGGCUUUAUAAAUCUUAAUACAACAUCGUAAACUUUUCUUUUCAAUUUAACUAAAUAAUUAUGGUUUCAUUUUUGUUAAACGAAAGAAGUUUGUGGUGAAAUCCAGCAAAAACUCGUUGGAUUAGUAUGUGGUAAAUGUGAUAACCUAUAAAAUGAUAUUUUUGAAUGUGUUUUGGAUUAUUACAAAAAGCUGAUAAAUGUUGAUAAAAUAAUAAGAUAACAUUUUUGCUUUAAAACAAAAAGACCACUUAUAACCUAGGGAUCUAUUAACCGUAAUAAUUAAUUCAUCCUUUUUCCGUUGGUCAACUGCGUAAUUUAUCAACUAGAUUAAGGGAAAAACAAAUAUUCUUUUGGUGACAAAAAAAAAUACAGGUACGUUGUGUUUUAGCUUUUUACCUUUUAAGGAUUAUAAAAUACAUCCAUACAUUUAUAUCACUUUCAGUUAUUCAUUCAAAAAAGCAGCCGGAGAAACUCUACAAGACUAUAGCCAAAAAGGAAUAAGGGACGCAUGCUAAAUGCCGAUAAUGUUUGACCAGAAAAUGGUCAAGAAACGUUAUGAAACAACAUAAAAUAAAAUUCAACAAAUAUAAUAAAUUAAAAGAGAGAUGAGACUUUCGUUGGUCCAAGUCUGACAUUCUUCUACACCCGAACCUAGAAAACAUCUAUAAAUACCUCAUUUGGUUGAUUCCCAUGUUUCAUCUGCAUAUAUACAUUCUGAAUACAACAUCCAGUAUUCCACCAAAGAAACACUUACGCAUAUAUCUAUUCCUACAUAUUUGAAGAGAUAUACGAGAUGGAUCAACUGCUUGUCAUGUCUCGAUUUGGGUACAUGUUCAUCAAUGUUUUGGUCCUAGUUCUCAGCCUUAUGUUCUUGAAGCUCCUUAUGCGUUGUUGGAUAUUGCCGGUUCGAGCUCAAAAGAAACUUAGAGAAAACGGAUUUUCCGGUCCACCUCCUAGUUUUCCAUUAGGAAAUCUUAAUGACAUGAAGAAGCUAAAGACGGCCAUGGUAAUGGUGGAGAAGAGCAAAUCGUCCACCAUAAUCAACCAUGACAUACAUUCCACCGCACUUCCACAUUUUGCUCUUUGGCAACAACAGUAUGGGAAAGUAUUUGUGUACUGGUUAGGCAUAGAGCCGUUCGUGUACGUAGCCGAUCCUGAAUUCUUGAGUAUUAUGUCGAAAGGUGUAUUGGGGAAGAGUUGGGGAAAGCCAAAUGUUUUCAAGAAAGACAGAGAGCCAAUGUUUGGCACAGGUUUGGUUAUGGUGGAAGGCGAUGAUUGGACACGACAUCGCCACAUCAUUACUCCUGCAUUUGCCCCUAUUAAUCUUAAGGCCAUGACAAGUAUGAUGGUGGAAUCAAUCUCCAAUAUGUUGGACCGAUGGGCCAAACAGAUAAACUCAGGCAAUCCAGAAUUUGACAUGGAGAACGAGAUCAUAGGAACAGCCGGUGAGAUCAUUGCUAAGACAAGCUUCGGAGUCAAGGGAGAAAACGGAGCUCAAGUCCUCAAAAACCUAAGAGCCGUGCAAUUCGCUCUCUUCAACUCAAAUCGCUACGUAGGGGUACCUUUUAGCAACAUUUUGGCCUACAAGCAAACCCUCAAAGCUAGAGAGUUAGGCAAAGAGAUCGAUGGUCUCCUUUUGUCGAUCAUAAACGAACGAAAGAGAUCUUUGGUCGAAGGAGACGACCACCAUGAUCUUCUCGGAAUGUUGCUUAAGGCCGAUAAAGGGAAGUUUACGGCUACAGAGCUUGUAGACGAGUGCAAAACGUUCUUCUUCGCUGGUCACGAGACAACGGCUUUGGCGCUGACGUGGACGUUUAUGCUUCUUGCGAUCCAUCCCGAGUGGCAAGACACGCUUAGAGACGAGAUAAGACAAGUCAUCGGAGAUUCCGAGAUUGAGUAUAACAAACUUGCCGGACUAAAGAAGAUGAGUUGGGUGAUGAACGAAGUUCUCCGGCUAUAUCCGCCGGCUCCAAACGCACAACGACAAGCCAGGAAAGACAUUGAGGUGAACGGCAGAGUGAUUCCAAACGGUACGAACAUUUGGAUUGAUGUGGUGGCGAUGCACCACGACCCCGAGUUGUGGGGAGACGACGUCAACGAGUUUAGGCCGGAGAGAUUUGACGGCAGUUUGCACGGUGGUUGUAAGAAUAAGAUGGGGUUUAUGCCGUUUGGAUUCGGAGGGAGAAUGUGUAUUGGUCGGAACCUGACCACCAUGGAAUACAAGAUUGUCUUGUCGUUGGUUUUGUCACGGUUUGAGAUCUCUGUUUCUCCUGGUUAUCGCCAUUCGCCGAAGUAUAUGCUCUCUCUUAGACCUGGUUACGGUUUGCCUUUAAUUGUACGACCACUUUAAAAUUGCAAUAACACACAAAUUAAAGUUUUUUGUGCUUUUUAAGUUUAGAACCAAAGUUCUCGACUUUUUAAUACUGUACACAUGUGUUUUGAUAUUAAUACUUCGAGUACCAUUGAAUCAGAGAAGUAUGAUCUUUUUUAUCACACGGACUCAAAAUUAAUAGCUUGAUGGAUUGAAUGGAAGAAUGUGGAGAUGACAAUCAACUCGGUUUAUGGUUGAACCGAUGAAUCAAUGGACAAGUGAUUUAUUAAAAGCUUUUACUCGCAAGACCUAAGGCAUUCUCUUUAAUUAAAUUGGUUUUGAUUCCACAACAUAUUCAGAUCCGUAUGAACGCACUAGAAGUGAUUUCAACUACUCUAAUAAAUAAAACACAAGCAACAAUUUUUUAUCAUCAAAUUUCGUCAAUGAGAGCAUGCUAGAGAGUCUUCAAGAUGGGAAUCCGUAAGGUAACUGGUUAUUUUCGUUGAGGAUUUACCAUUUUGUCAUAUAUUUUGGUUGUUCUUUUUUUUUUUUUUACAAAUUAAAAUCUCAGUUUUUAAGCUAAUUAUAAGCGUGGUGUUUCUUUUUUUUUUGGUAAAAGCUGGAAUUCCCGGAAAAGAGGUGAAACUAUUUUGAUGUUCUUUACCCAAUCAUUCAAUUAAAAGUAAAAAUCAAGUAAAAGAUAAGUAAAAUUAAAGUAAAAGAUAACUACAAAACAGUAAAAUACAAAAAAAAAAUUAAGAACUAAUUUAGAGUAUUUGAUAAAAAAAAACUACUUUAAGUACGAAUGUAAAUGAGAAUAGGGAUUAUACACAAAAGAAAAAUAUCAUAUAAAAAAAAAACUGAGAUUAAACACAAAAGAGAAAAAAAGGAAUUCCUAUUUUGAAAUGCUUUCCAACGAUUCACUUUGAUGAACGCCUUGGUGGUGAAAUGGUAGAUACGCGAGACUCAAAAUCUCGUGCUAAAGAGCGUGGAGGUUCGAGGAACAGAUCAACAACUUUCCUAAGCUCAAAGUUCUUAUGACUGAUCUUCAUAGUUAAGUAAGGAUGAUGGAUAUAAUACUCCUGAUCCUACAAGAAUUGUUGCAAGAAAACAGUCAAAAAUAGCCAAGCUCAUUAUAGAAUUCAGUAGGAGUAUUAAUUAUGGUAAGCAAUUUAAUCAUAGCCAAAGAAGUAUACAGUAUAUAGUUCUUGUCUUUGGUCAGAAUUUCAUAAUUCAUGUAGGGUUCUCUUUUUUUUUUUCCGGCUAAAAGAUUUUAUUAAUUAUUGUCAGCACAAAUGAUAUUCAUGUAGGGUUCUCUAAUCAGAUAGUGGCAAAGCAAACUAACGUAAUUUACUAUCCUUCCGUCUCUUCACGGCCCAUUCUGCUUGCCGAACCAAAUCAAACCGAGAAACGAAUUGAUUUUAAAUUUAUUCGGAUGGAAAACCGAAAACUCUCGGUUCGAUCAGUUCGGUUUACUUCGGUUUGCGUUUGAGUCGAAUGCCCCCAGCGCUAAAUGGAUUGAGUUGUUUACACACGAGAAGUUUAAUACAGUUGCGAAGCUGCUGCCCAAUGGCCAUGGCCUUUCAGAUUACAGCUUCUUCUUCACCAACGAUUACACAAUCUCGCCUUCUCUCUUUCCCUCCUCUGCAACCUUCCUGUAAAGCUUCGAGCUUUAAGCUCUCCUCAUGGGCUUCUUCUUCUCGUUUCUCUCCCUACAUUGGCUUAAAGCAUAUGGGCAUCUCCAUCUCCCCGAAAUCUUCAAACCCAGAGAAGAAGAUGAGAUGUAAUAAGGGUUUAGUGAUUCGCGCGUCUUUGUUUGGAGUUGGAGCACCUGAGGCUUUGGUUAUUGGUGUUGUCGCUUUGUUAGUCUUUGGUCCUAAAGGCCUUGCAGAG